AUGCUGCGCAAUGCGUCUCUUUUUGGGAAGUACUUGCGCUGCCUGGGUAGAGGCGCGCAGAAGGGAUUUAAGAAAAAGCAAAUCCUCCCACCUAUACCUGUGAAAGCAUAUGGCCGUCCGCCUUCUGCUGCUUCGCAGUGUGGCCUAUUCCACGAUGAGGACUACAACUACUACACGAAGAUAUCCUUCUCAUUGCGGAAACACCGCCGCAAGUUAAAGCCAAAUGUACUAAAAAAGGACUUUGAAUCUGAAGGGUUGAAUACAGUUGUGAAAAACCUGAAAGUCACGACUUCAGCUAUUCAUGCCAUCGACGAUGCGGGAGGACUUGAUGAGUAUUUGUUGCGUACACCUCCAGAAGAACUUCGCAGCGUCCUUGGGGAAAAAAUGAAGGCGGUAAUUCGGUUUUACGAGCGAAAUCCUGAAGUUAAGGAGUGGGCGUUGCCAUGGAAGUCAUUCGCCAGCGCAUAUGCUCGUGGCGACCCUUGUCAGGCCCUAUACAGACACCUAAGGGGCAAGGAGUUGUACGAAAUGCAAAUGAGAGAAGAGCAGCGGCGCUACUCGCCUUACUUUUUACCCAGUGUGCACAACGUGCAUCCCCUGAGGCAACCGUUUCCUGAGGGUUCCGGAGACCCCCAGCUGCCGCAUUUAGGCUGGGCAUUGAACCAGGCAGAAGCGUCAGCUCUGAGGCGACGACUUGGGAUGGCUGUCAACCAAACGUGGAGAGCAGAGGAGACUGCUUGGGCAAUGAGGACUAUUGAUGCAAUGAGAAGAAGUACAACGCAGCAGCAGAGGCACUGCAGACAGCGGUCGUGA